UUUCGAACAAUGUCCAGUGGAAAAGUUAUCGUAUACGGAGGCAAAGGCGCACUUGGAUCUGCUAUUCUUGAAUUCUUCAAGAAAAAUGGUUAUACUGUUCUAAACAUCGACUUGAGUGCCAAUGACCAAGCUGACAGUAAUAUUUUGGUGGACGGAAAUAAAAAUUGGACAGAACAAGAACAAUCCAUUCUCGAGCAAACUGCUUCAUCUCUCCAGGGAAGUCAGGUUGAUGGAGUUUUCUGUGUUGCCGGUGGAUGGGCUGGAGGCUCCGCUUCUUCAAAAGAUUUUGUGAAAAAUGCUGAUUUAAUGAUCAAACAAUCGGUCUGGAGUUCAGCAAUUGCAGCCAAAUUGGCCACCACUCACCUCAAGCCGGGAGGUCUUCUUCAGCUUACAGGAGCUGCUGCUGCUAUGGGACCAACUCCAUCAAUGAUUGGAUAUGGUAUGGCAAAAGCUGCAGUUCAUCAUCUGACAUCUUCAUUGGCUGCCAAAGAUUCGGGAUUGCCUGACAAUUCGGCCGUUUUGACAAUUAUGCCAGUCACUUUGGACACCCCAAUGAACAGAAAAUGGAUGCCAAAUGCUGAUCAUUCAAGCUGGACUCCACUCUCAUUCAUCUCUGAACAUCUUCUCAAAUGGACCACAGAAACAUCGAGCCGUCCAUCUUCCGGGGCUCUCCUCAAAAUAACCACUGAAAAUGGAACAUCGACUAUCACUCCACAAUAAUUUUACCGACAUUUUUCAGCCUUUUUUACAUUCCGCUUAUUAUCUGUUAUUUUUCCAUGUAGUAUGCUAUCAAUUUCUAAAUCAUUUGUCCAUAAAGCUUGUGAUGUUUUUAAGUAAAAAUGUUUUAUU